GAGGCAAAAUAAUUACACAAUUUUAAAGGUCUGAACAGCACGAUAGCCGAGUGGAACCGAAACCUAGUCGGGCUGCCCAUCGGAGGCCAGGAGGAGAUAAUCCCAUUGAACCUGCAGCAAAGGAUAACGAGAAAUCACAUUCCAAAGAUGGUGAAGGUGGCCAGCUUCUUCGGAAUGGUAUUUGGGGCUUUUCUCUUCUGGGAAUCCAUGGACAAGAUCCAUGUUUGGAUGGCUCUCCACCAAGACGAGAAGCAAGAGAGGCUUGAAAAGGAAAGGGAGAUUAGGAGGAUGAAAGAAGAACUACUGGCUACAGAGAAGGAUUCUUAUACAUAGUAAUUUGUCUGGUUUUGGUGGUGUGCCUG